AUGGACGGUGAAAUUGAGGAAGAAGAAAAGACAGAGCAGAGCAAGAGCAGCCUGAAGGUGAGCUCCCCGGACGACAGUGAGGCGGCGAGUCGCAGGCAGCCAUCUCCAAACGGGACGCACGUCUCCAGAGAGCGAGAUGUGAAGAACAGCAGGGCGGUCUCACGCAGACACACGCUCGGAGGGGCACGAGGCUCCAAGGAGAUCCUGGCCAUGCAGCCCUCCGACAUGGACAAGAAGAGGGAGGCCUUCCUGGAGCACCUCAAGCACAAGUACCCUCACCAUGCGUCGGCCAUCAUGGGACACCAGGAGAGGCUGCGAGACCAUUGUUGGCAGCACAUGCUCUCAGCUCUGCACUCGGAGCUGGACUUUCAGAGCUACCUGCUGAGACUCCAAGUGCCCCGCAAAAGCAGAAGCCCGAAGCACGGCCCCAGUCCGCAGCCGGGCGCAGGGGACCAGGUGGACCACAUCUCCCUGGCCUCGCUGGACUCUCUGGAGGCCAUGUCUGAGGGGGACGCGCCCACCGCCUUCACCCGGGGCAGUCGGGUCAGGGCCAGUCUGCCCGUGGUGCGCUCCACCAACCAGACCAAGGACCGCUCUCUAGGCGUUUUGUACCUACAAUACGGCGACGAGACGAAGCAGAUCCGAAUGCCCAACGAGGUGACCAGCAUGGACACGGUGCGCGCCCUGUUUGUGAGCGCCUUCCCUCAGCAGCUCAACAUGAAGAUGCUGGAGUCGCCGAGUGUGGCCGUCUACGUGAAGGACGACAUGAGGAACGUCUACUACGAACUCUCCGACAUCAGAAACAUCACGGACCACUCCUGUUUGAAAGUCUAUCACAAGGACCCAGCACAAGCGUUCAACCACGGAGCGAGGCCGACCAACGGAGAUGCCAGGAUGCACGGUGAAAUGGUACACCCUGGCCCACACCCGCACAGGCAGCCACCCAUGGGACCACCGCCACAUCACCCCAUGCAAGGAGCUCUCCCGCCCACCCCUCACUCCAUGCCCCCCUCCCCCUCCAGGAUCCCCUUUGGCUCGCGACAGAGCUCUCUCCCCAGCAGCGCCACCAUGCCCAGGGACAGACUGUCUAAUGUCAGCACCCCGGUCCGCUCCAUCUCGCCCUGUCCCAGUGCCAUCCUGGAGCGGCGGGACGUCAAACCGGAUGAGACGGGGCCCAACAAGAGCCACAGUCUCACUCGGGGCGCGGACGGAAUCUACGCAGACCCUUACAUGCUGGCGAACGCCCAUGGACCACACCCGGCUCCUGGGAUGGAUGGUCCCGAGCACAGUAUGGGUGGAUUUCAUCGAGCUUCUAUCCGCUCCACCGGCUCCUACAGUGGCCCCAGCCCCACAGACAGCAUAGACCACCCCUCUUUGUAUCGACAGAAGUCCAGAAACACCCAGCUGCCCACUCUGGGAUCCAAAACACCUCCCCCAUCCCCUCACCGCAUGGCUGAAGUGCGAAUGAUUGAUAUCCACGGACCUCCGCACGGCAUGCCACCACACGGAAUACCAGCACAUGGAAUACCGCCUCACGGGGUGCCGCACGGUGUACCUCAUGGGGGGCCUCAUGGUGUGCCUCAUGGGGGGCCUCACGGGGGUCCAAUAGAGAGAGGGUCACCUGUGCGGCACUCUUUAAGAAAGGACGAUGGAGCCGGCCCCAAAGCCCGGGCCAAUAUGGGCUCACCGGUGAUCACGGAGGUCCCAGGUCACCCUCAGGGGCCCAUCCCUCCGGCUAAUGACAAACAGACACGAGAGCGAAUGAAGGCUAUGGAGCAACAGAUUGCCAGCUUGACUGGUCUUGUUCAGCAUGCACUUUUAACGGGCCCAAAUACUAGUGGCACCAAGGAGUCUAUAAGCGAGAGACCACCAAACACAUCGUCCCCGGCCCACAGCACUCACAGCUCCGGUGGCUCUCCAGUGUUGGCCCCUAAGACCCCCUCGGCCCCUACGGCCAAAGUCCCUGUAAAAGUCAACCUCCUGCAGUUCAGGAAGAAUGUCUCUGACCUCAGGAUGCAACUCCACCAAAUGAGACAGCUCCAGCUCCAGAACCAAGAAGCGUUACGACUGCAGCUGAAGAAGGCCGAGCAGGAAAUCAGUGUGAAACUAGCCGAGGCCAUGCAGCGAGUGGAUGACCCAGUGCAGAUGCAGAGAACUGUGGUGGAAGAGGAUCGCCACAAGUAUCUGUCAUUAGAGGGGAACAUUCUCACACAGCUCAGUGAGCUGGAGCAGUAUGUGGGGUCUCUGCAGAAGGACACGGGUGGAGCCCAGAGAACAGUGACCCUGAGAGACGUGGAGGAGGGGGCUGUCACACUGAGGAAAGUGGGAGAGUCCCUGGCCGGUCUCAAAGGGGAAUUUCCAACUCUGCAGACGAGGAUGCGGGCUGUGCUGCGGGUGGAAGUGGAGGCGGUGAAGUUUUUGAAGGAAGAGCCUCAUAAACUAGACAGCAUGUUGAAGAGAGUCAAGAUGCUCACAGACAUACUCAGCGGACUGAGAAAAAGUGCAUCUGAAAGCCCACAGAAGACACCAGCAAACAACCCAGCAGACAGUAGCCCCCUCCGAGCCAGCCCGCUCUCUAACCCCUCUCGUGUAACGGCCCCUACCGUCUCCACGCCAGCCCUGACCGAGUCCCCAAACCCUAGCCCCCCAAACCCUACCCCCCCUAAGCCUACCAUCGCACCUGGAGUCCCGCCCUCUUCCCCGGUCGUCGUUCAGCAAAUGCAGAGCUCCAUGGUGCUCGUGCAACAGUCGCAACAGUCCACGGCACUAACCACUCAGCCCAGCCCCACAAACCCCCCCAGUCCUCCUCAGAGUAAGGUCCAUGGGCGAGAGUCACCCAAGGGCGUCUCAGUGGACCCACCCACUCCUAAGAAGGCCAAUGGGAAUCCACCAAGCAACGGAAACGGCACUUUCCACAACGAUAUGGUCAUAGAGGAGCUGCAGAGUAACCCAGAAAAGGGCAGAAACAGAGCACUGUCAAUAAAGGCUGCAGAGAAAGAAUGGGAAGAGAGGAGACAGAACAUGGGCCACUACGAUGGAAAAGAGUUUGAGAAAAUUCUGCAAGAGGCUCAGGCAAACAUGAUGAAAGGAAUUCCCAAUCUUGAAUCUGAAGAGAAGAUUACGAUUAUUUCUGCUGCCUCUGUGGAACAAACAAGCACCCAUAACGCAAUGGAAUCCCCAACAGAAGAGUUUCCCAUUCAAAGCAACACAGACAAACCUGUCAAAAGAGCGCCUGAAAAACUCCCCAAGCCUUCCAAGCCUACUUUGGAAAGAUCCUCCAGGGUGAACACUGAGCAGCCUCCUCUAAUGAGACAAUCAUCUAAAGACAAUGGCACCAAGACUGAGAAGGCCAGCAAGUCUCCUCCACCUCCCCCUCCAAGAAAAACCUUCUCCAGCCCCACCUCAGGCAUGACCACCACUCGCUCCGGCGAGGUGGUCUUCACUCGCAAGGAGUCCACAUCCACCCAGGAGGCUGAGGAGGAGCCUCCACCACCGUCACCCCAACCAAGGUCUUCCAAGGUUCCCCCAGAGACCAAGCCAAAGCCAAGCACACCUCCCCCAGUGACUCCCCCGGCCACUCCCCCAGCCCCAAAGGAAGAGGAGGACGAGGGGAACAAGAUCAUGGCCGAGCUGCAGGUUUUCCAGAUGUGUUCAAAUAAAGUGAAUGAAGUAGAGGUGAAAAAUGUGAUUGAGCCUACACCUCGUAUUGAGCCACAAAUCAGAGAGCUCAGAGCGGGCUCGAUAAUGCCCCAAAAAGAUAAAAAGACCACAGAGUCCAAAAAGGAGGAGAAAGAUCCAGACACAGAUGAAAAUGGAAAUACUACUCUCCGACAAAGCCAAGGGGUAAUUUACUACGUCACUGGACAGAUCCCCAAAGAGCUUCCACUGCCCCCACCGGGACGAGAGGACCCACCCGAGCCCUCGCGAGAGCCCCUUCCACCUCCACCACAGAGCGACAAAGAGAUAACGGCGAGGGUUGUAAACGUAGACAGGACACUUCAUAAGGGUAAUUUUGAGGAGAUACAUGAAGAUGCGAGUCUUAGCCCCGACUUGCCAGGGGAAGAAGCUCCUCCCCCACCUGACAACAUCGCCUUCAAAAUCACCAACUCCAAAAUCCAAGCCUUAUCCAACGGAGAAUACCAGGAGUUGGUGAAUGCAAAAAAGGGUAGUGUUCAAACAGUAACCGUAGGCAACGCCAGCAAACCCAACUCGCCUGUGGAUUCUAAUGCUCCGCAGGAUAACAGAUUCAACAAGAAACCGGUUAUUAUCAUAUUCGACGAGCCUAUGGACAUACGGUCAGCUUAUAAACGACUCUCAACAAUUUUUGAGUCUGAGGAGGAGUUCGAACGGAUGCUGGCAGAGGAGAGGAUAGACGAGGAGAGCGAAGAGUCGGACAGUGAAAGGAGUGGAGGGCAGGAGGCAAAAGCUGGAGAUUUGUUCAAUGACAAAAAGACCAAAUCUUGUACUGAUCAAAGCUUAUCUUCGUCGUCAUCGUCCUCCAUCAAUGAUAUAUUAGACAACACCGGGAAUCUAGAGUCAAGCGGGGAUGGCAAGGAAGGCAAGAAGAAAUUCAAGUUUAAGUUCCCCAAGAAACAGCUGGCAGCUUUUACUCAAGCGAUACGCGCAGGGACCAAAUCCGGGAAGAAGACGUUACAAGUGGUUGUUUACGAGGAUGAGGAGGAGUCCGACGGUACGAUUAAACAGCACAAGGAGGCGAAACGGUUUGAGAUUUCCCGUUCCAAAUCUUUAGCGGAAAGGUCGUCUGGCGUGCCGCAUCUGAAAAAGCAGAACUCUGAUUCGCAAUGCCGCACAGAUGAGAUUCGCAAGAACACAUACAAGACACUGGAUAGUUUGGAGCAGACUAUCAAGCAGCUGGAGACCACUAUUAGUGAGAUGGGACCUCUUUCGCCUGAUGAUACAGUUAAUGUGGAGGAGAGCAAUGGCAAAAGCAGAAAAUCAGAUGCAAAUUUGAAAAGGUCUUCUUCACUGCCUUCUUCGAGAGGCUCUGGCCAAAAGGUACCCCUGAAAAGCGCACUGAAGAAACCUAAAAUCCUUCCCCGCCCUGUAGCCUCCCCCACAACCACCACCACCACCACCACAGCCAGUACUACAACUUCUACUACCACAUCAUCUGACCCCAGUCCUCCCAGUGUCCCCUGCUCCAUUGAACAGAAUGCCAGUGUCGUUUCCCCAACUAGUCGGAUGCCCGUCCCUUUGUCUGCGAAGUCCAGGCAGUCGUCCACAGAAAAAGCAGGAAAACAGCAAAAACUGCAGGACGCACAAAGGCAGUUCCGACAGGCUAACGGAAGUGCUAAAAGAGUGGGAGGGGAUCAUAAAACCACUUCCCAGUCUGUACCCGUGUCUAAAAUCCCUGCUUUUUAUCCUAGCUCUACUAAAGGCAGCUCCCCGCCUGCGCCGGACAAUGCCACUAACAAUAUUAACUCGUUUUCCUCAUCCUCCUCCUCUUCCUCCUCUCUAACCAUAACCAAGUCUUCAAUGUUGCCUGCCCGCUCCAGCUCGCUGCCCCACCCCUCCUCACACAUCCCCUCCUUGUCUAACGGAUCACUCAAACUGUCGCAGCACACAGGUAAAGCUCUCUCGUUCUCCAUGCAGAAUGGGCGAGUGCACCCCUCUUCCUCCUCCACUUCCUCCUCCUCCUCCUCCCCCUCACCCGCCUCCACCCCCUCCCCUCUGUCGCCCACCCCCCUGGGCCCGGGCGGGAAGAGCAUCCGCACCAUACACACUCCGAGCUUCAACAGCUACAGGGCAACCCACAACGGCAACGGCAGCGGCGGAAAGUCCUGCAUUCCCACCGUGGCUAAGGACACGGUCUAG